ACUGUCAUUUACAUUUGUCACAUUUUAAGGUUAUAAGGUUAAAACAUACCAUUCGUUUAUUUUGAUAAAUUUAAGAGGGAAACAAGAUAAAUAUUAGUAUCAACAAUGGACAUUGAAACAAAAAUAAAAGAAGAUAUGAAAGCGCUUGGCUGUAAUUCUGAACUGAAGAUAUCGCUAGCAUUCCAUUUAUACAUACAUUUAGUUGACGAAAAACUUAUGCAUGACACCGAGUAUUGUUAUAAUCAAGAUAUAGACACAUUAUACGUCGUUGCAAGACCUAAUAAGAACGAUAAACUUAAUAUCUACGUGCCUAUUCCUACGUAUGAUGACAUAAGUAUAGAUUUUAUUAAUAAAAUGCAAGAAAAUCUGUGCACAGUGGAGACCGGCCCUACAAUUAACUUGGCGUUUGUAGAAGGCGAUUCUACAACUGUUAUUUACUCAUUUACUAAAGGUCUAGUCAAUCGACAACCCCCAGAAAAAGCUGCAGAAAAUAGGGCAAAGGACGAAAGACGCACAUUUAUAAAUAAGGAAUUAAAAAAUAAAAAAAAGAAUAUCAUAGAUAAAGCAUUAAAUGGUGGUAUUGUUGACGAUGACGAUUGUUUAGUAUUGGAUUGAGUUAUCAAGAGUUAUGAACUUGGUUAUAAAUUGUCUAUGUAAAAUCUCACAAUUUUAUAUCAAAAGAUUUCCGAGAUGUUCUAAUCAUCACAAAAACAACAAAUUAAAUAAAUACAAAUGAAUUGAAAACCUUCUUAAUGAACUCAGCUGAAAAUAUACUUCAACCAACAUAAAUACAUAUUGUAAUAACAAUUGACUGAAAUAAUAUCAUUUUGUAAAAAAUAUUGUGUGGGAUUUUACUGUAUCGUGAAAAUAUUAUUUGUCAAAAAACUCAAGAUGUUUGUAAAAUUAUCCUUAAAAAUAUCUAAAAUUAAAGAAGUACUAAUUGUGUAAUGAGAAAUGAAGAAAUAGGAAUAUUGAGUUAAUGAUUAAUUCAAAUGAUGAUGGUAGACUUGAUUCCUGCUGAAUUGCAUUCUAAUAUGUUUGGUGAAAGGAAGUCAUGUUUAGUGUUACAUUCACCACAAUAGCAACAGUUGAAAAAUGGUUUUGACUACUUCAUUCAGUAAUAUAAUCAUAUGUUUAUUUACUUUUUAUAACAUUUUUUUUUUUUAUAAUGCUUAAAAAUGUGUAAAAUGCAAUAGCACACUUGAUGGAAAGUAACAACCUAUUGUCUAUAUGCAUAAACAAUACAGAAUGUUCUGUGAUUUACAAUAACCAUUAGUGUCUAAUAAGAACUGAGUGUAUAAUUUGAUUUAAUUCACUCUUUUAUUUGUGCUGCUUUUUGAUCUCUAAGUGAUGGUACAUCUUAUGAAGAGCUAUCUGAUUAUUUGAUAAUCCCAGGUUUAGAAAUGGUAUUGAACUCAUAAGUCUUAGAAGAAAUUAUGCCUCACUAUCCAUGUAUUACCUCUUGUACUAAUUGUGUAAAUGUAUUGCCUGUGCUCGUGGAAAAUGUUGAAUUUGAUGUCCACGGCCACUUUCUACCAUCAUACAGCUUACCAUUGACAGAGAGUUCACCUCCAUACCUUAGAACUUAGAUAAUUGCAUACAGUGCGGUUUCAGAGAUGUUUUCUUCUACAAAUGCUCAGGUCAUGGAAUGAACUCACUGUUAAGGUUUUUCUAAGGAACAAUGGCAUGGGAUUCUUUAAAAAAAGUUGUUAAGUUAAGAGGUCUCUUCAGCGAUGGCAAAGUGCAUGUAUGCCCCUGGUAUUGCCAGCGCUUAUAAGCUAUGGUAACCGCUUACCAU